UGGCAACCUGACGGCAGCAGCAUUUCCUGUUCCCUGCUCUUUGGACUCGUGCGCCAUUUUAAAGAAGUCGAGCAGAGCAGAGAGACGGCUCAGUCAAAGUUGUAGCUUACCAGCGACGUAAACAACCAAACCAGAGACGCUCAGAGAAAACAAAUAGCAGAUAAAAAUGAAUGGUUGUCGUGUCUUCAUCGGCCGUUUGAGCCCGCACGCCAGAGAGAGAGACGUGGAGAAGUUUUUCAAGGGAUAUGGACGGAUUAGGGAAAUCAACCUGAAGAAUGGAUUUGGCUUUGUGGAAUUUGAUGACCACAGAGAUGCAGAUGACGCUGUGUACGAGUUGAAUGGCAAAGAAUUGUGCAGUGAAAGGGUCACUAUCGAGCAUGCACGCUCCAGAAGAGGAAGAGGUGGCGGCCCUGGAGGAAUGGGACGUUUCGGUGGUGGCGGCAGCAGUGGCGGUGGCGGCUAUCGCCAGUCUCGCAGCAGUGGAUCCAGAUCGGACAGGUAUGGCCCUCCAGUACGGACAGACCACAGGCUCAUUGUGGAGAACCUCUCUUCACGGAUUAGCUGGCAGGACCUGAAAGACCUGAUGAGAAAAGCAGGUGAAGUUACCUUUGUGGACGCUCACAGGCCCAACAAAAAUGAAGGAGUGGUUGAGUUUGCAUCCCGCAGUGAUAUGAAGAACGCUAUCUCCAAGCUGGAUGGGACAGAGCUGAAUGGACGCAAGCUGAAGAUCUUUGAGGACAGCAGAAGAAGUCGCAGCAAGAGCCGCUCCCGCAGCUACUCCCGCUCAAGGAGUCGUUCCAGGAGCCGCAACCGUUCCAGGAGCCGCUCCAGGUCCGCAAGCCGUACCCCGGAGAAGAAGACGUCAGGAGGGGGCAGGGCCGCCGACAGAUCCCCCUCCAGGUCAAAGUCUCGCUCCAAGUCCCGCUCCAGGUCUCGCUCCCGUUCACCCGCUCCCGCUCAGAACAAACAGUCCCGCUCCCGCUCUCGAUCCCGAUCCCGCUCUCGUUCCCGCUCACGUUCCCGCUCUGCGUCUGCAGACAGCAAACAUUGAGAUUGACACACCUGUAGGCCGUCUUAUAGACUGUAUGGUGGCAUGUGAUGGUUUUUUCUUUUUCUUUUUUAAAUUGAAGGGGAGGAAAUCACCUUUUUACAUGGCUUCUUUUGAAACAAGAUCUUCAGUCAUUGGCUUUGAUUUGUUUUUUGUUAGUUUGGAUGUGCUUCCACAGGAAAAUUAUUUGUGUGUUCUUAUUACUUCAUGAUUUCCCUCUUUUAAAAUCCCCUUCACAAUUUGAUGAAACACCAAGUGAUGCAAAAUAUUUUGAUCUGUGAUGAUUCUCAUCACCACCCUGCGGCCUGUGCAAGCUGUCUGCCAUGUCAUGAUUCCAUCCACUCCCCGUGUGCUUCACCCGAGUGUUCACAGCAGUUCAAGAUUAGGUGGGAAUGAUCUUCAUUCCCCAAAAUGUCGAUAGGUAUGUUGUUGUUUUUUGUUUGUUUGUAACGCAAGCUCCUGGCAUUGCCGUGAAACUGUGAUUCUGCUUCUGACGAUAUGUUGCUUUCACUGCCCUGAUAUGUGAACAUAAACAUGCAAGCAUCUCAGUUGGUGGUUUAUUUCAGCUUUCUUGUGUGAUAAUGUUUGAGUCUGGCAUUAAUUUAGUUUAUCACUGCUGCUGUAUCAUGACCUCGUCUCGUGUUGAUUUAUUUUUCAUUUUGGUUUUGUAUUUUAUCAGCAGCCUCAGCCGGAGGGGUGCUCUGUCUCUUAACACACGUGUCUGUUUCAGCGGGAAGAUAUGUCUCAAAAUAAGUUUAUUAAUUUGAUACUAAUAAAACACUUAAUGCAUACUGUCA